GAUGGCUCCAGUCUAAAAAGCUUUGAGACAUGCGCUUCUUCUUCUUCUUCGUCAUCUAGUAGCCAUCUGGAGAAACUCAAAAUUGGCUGGAAUAGAAUUCGAAGGAAACCGCUUCCAAGGUACAUGCAAGGCUCAAUCAGGAGACACCCUGCAGCAGACAUUCACCCAACCCGUAUCAGUCGCGGAGUAUGGAAGGAUCAACUGCUAGUAGACCGGUCCCUGCGAGGGAUGGCUGCACUUACGACCGCCUUCGCCGUUGCGAUGAUUAUUGUUAUUGCGACCAACCUGAAGCCGUUUCACAACCGACUAAAUAAGUUCACCAGUUCCGUUGGAGGCCAGACGAGAGAUUGCACAUCAGUCACACAUACCAAUACUGCGUUGCUUCUCGUUAUUAAUGUAGCAGCCACGAUGAUAUUGGGCAUGUCCAAUACUUAUCAGCAACUGGUCACAUCAUUAACCAUAGAUGAUCUGAAGCACAUGCUUCAAAAGUUCGGAGAUUCAAGAGUCGGGACAAAUUCACCGUUUAACAUAAACCAUAAACGAGAAGGAAAAAUAAAAUCUUGGUCGGCCUGGUUUUUGCUCAUCUGUACCUCCCUGCCCAUCCACUUCCUGGCCAACUCUCUCAUCGGGCCAAGCUAUAUUCUAGAGCCUCCGAUUUCGAUAGAAUUCAACGAAACGACUUUUAAAGGUCUUACUGGAACCUACUCAUAUGGCGGCUCAGACUAUAUUUCAAAUCCGGGUUCCUUCGUUUGCUGGAGUGCCUUUAGGACAGGACAAGCCCACUUUCCAGUGUCACUUAUGGUCCUUGGAGAAGACGACAGUACUAGCUACAGUUCUGAAAUUAGUGAAUUUAAUAGGCAGCACUCCAGGAUGAUCGUGAAUUACGACAAAAGAAACUGCACGGGCCUCGCAAAGACAGCUACCGAUGUCAGGGCGCUUGAAGCUUCAUGGACCUAUAACCUGUAUUAUGAUCGCAUCGUCUAUCGGGAUGGUCAUUGUAUAAUGGGUAGCUCGGUGACUUGCACGCUCCUCGACUCGAAACCUACACUAUGCCGUUUAAACGUACGGAUGAAUGCUGCAUUUAUUCUCGCUGCGGGCCUAUCGGUAAAAGCCAUUUAC